UUGAAAGAGAAAGCUUUCCUUCACAAACUUGUGAUCGAGGAGAAAGAGGAGGUAGAAAGUACUACUCACUCAACCUUCAGCUGAGGAGUGUGCUUUUCGGAGAGAACAGUUCGACCAUCUUGAACAAGCUCUUCAUAAAACAAGGACAGACCAAAUCCAUGGCCGACUCUGCAGAUUGACGAGAUUGAGGAAAGAGCUCUUGGCAAAUUUCUUGCUACAUUUACCUCCUCUUUGCUCCUUCCUCUCUCGAUCUCGUUGGAUUUGGUCUUGUGCAGGCAGCUCUUGUGUCUGAAGCGCUCGAUUCAGUCACCGACUUGAUCCUGGAGAUACAACAAACGCACUAACAAGGGAAGCCAUGGCGAAGCUUUGGCUGAUUCUUGGGAUUUGCUUGGCAAUUUUUGGCACAUUCGGGGAACAAGUCCAAGCUCUACGAAAUGUCCGAGAUAUUGAGCACCAAUCUGCAUUGGGAGAUUUGGGCUUUGAUCAGCAGCGCAAGGACGAGGAGGACCAUGACUAUGAAGAGGUCAUGGACGACUAUGAACUGCAGGAUUCGUUCUCAAAUACGAGCCUGGUGUAUUUCAAUGCCUCGGAUUACGUGAACGGCUCCAUGCCCGCCAAUGUGACCCGUCAUCACGGCUUCCUGCACGGGUUUGUGGAGUCGUUGUCGGUGAUCUUGGUGUCGGAAAUCGGCGACAAGACCUUCUUCAUCGCUGCCAUUAUGGCCAUGACCUCGAACAAACUGAUCGUAUUCCUGGGAGCCAUUUCGGCCUUGGCCUUGAUGACGGUGCUCUCGGCGGUUUUGGGCUGGGUCGUCACUUCCUUCAUCCCAAGAAAAUAUACCUACUACACGUGCACCGUCAUCAUGUUUCUCUUUGGGCUUAAAAUGCUCUACGAGGCUUGGACCAUGAAGCCGGAUGAGGCCCAAGAGCUUCAGCACGAGGUCGAGGAGGAAUUGGCUCGACGAGGUUCCAUAGCCAGCAAUUCGAGUCGGGCACGAGAACAGACUCCAGAGGACGAAGACCAAGACCCCGAAGGCCAAGAGCUUCAAGAAGUCAGAUCUGAACCCGGGUUCGAUGACGACACUGAAGGUGAUGAUGCUUCGACAGCACAAUCUCCCAAACCCAAGAAGCGGGUCCAAAUCCAGGAGAAGGGCUUGUUCGGGAAGAAAUGCUACAAGAUCUUCAAGCUGUUCCUCAACUGCUUCACCAUGACCUUCUUGGCGGAAUGGGGCGACCGAUCUCAAUUGGCUACGAUCGUACUGGCCAGCAUAAAUGAUGUCUCAGGGGUGUGUCUGGGAGGUGUGCUUGGACACACCUUUUGCACGGGCUUGGCCGUGAUAGCAGGCGCACUAAUCGCCAAGAAAAUCAGUGUACGGGUAGUCACUCUGAUUGGAGCUCUGGUCUUCCUGGGAUUCGCAAUCGCAUCGUUAUUUUUCGAUCCCGAAGAGGAGGAAAUGAUCAAGAUCGACUUCUGAUGAAUACCUGUGUCACUCACAUUCAUGCAUAACCGCGCACGGACAUGCUUUAAACAUUAUUAGAACUGUACCUUUAAA